GCUGAAAUCAGUUGGAAUAUAUCGCCUCACUUACGAUAGACCUACAGCACAAUAUGCAGUGGAUGCUUGCUCUGGUUCUCUGCCUGUGGGCUUCGGGAAUCGCCGAGACGCGUCAGAUACGCAUCAAUCGGUAUGCGGUCAGCGUUCAGGAGGAUGACGUACAGCAGGCGGUGGUGAGAGAGCUGAAGCCCACGCCCACGCCCACGCCCACACCAUAUCCAGCCGCUGGCUUUAGGCCAGAGGGACGCGCCUUUUGGCUGCCGGGCGAAGCCGAUGCCGCGUUGCAGCCCACUGCGGGCUCUGACUUGGGCACAACUACAACGGAAUUGCCUCUGGAUGACGCGACAGCCAGCACCACGGAAGCUCUCGAUUUGAGUACAACAACAGCAGUGGACUCGUUAGAUGCCACCACCACGGCUGCACCCAUUGAAGCCCGCUCAGGCCGCGCCUUUGCCGGCGCCCCCUAUCCAGCCGCCGGCUAUCGACCAAGUCGCGCUUUCCUGCUGCCCACCGAGCUGAAGCAGCAGCAGCAGCAGCAACAGCAGCAAUUAGAUGCUGGCAAUGUGACUGAGACAGCUGCAGCUGACGACAGCAAUGCCAAUCAUCCAGUGUGUGGCGUCAGCACAAAUCCGCUGAAACCCACGCCAGAGCCUGGCUCCAAGGAUGAGCCCGAUGCCGAAAAUGUGCUCUUCACCGCCAGCCUGGGUCCAGCUGUGCUGGUGGCCAGAGCACCAGCAUCCAGUGGUGUGCCUGUGGCCAUCCCACUGCGCUCUCAGCCGCUGAUCCAGGCGCCCAGGCGAGGAUUUGUCUACACCACGCACGUGGAGCAGCGCUGGUGAGCAGGCCUGGACUGCAUCU